GCUAUUUAAAAACGUCAUCCAUUCAUGAACCCUCUGCAGCAUUUCAAGAUUCAUCGUUACUCUGUGUACACGUCUUGUAGUGUUGUGAUUUGAAAAUGAGUGGAAAUUUCCUAACAAUACCUAGCGAUGAUUCAAUACAACGCCGGGCGCGGAGUUCUUCUUUAACGGACUUAAUCUCGGCGUUCGAUACAAAAGCACAGGCGCACACAGACCUACAGAAAAUAACAGCAUUUAGCGGCAGCUUCGACAAGAACCACAAACCCACAUUCUCAAAGGAUGAAUAUGGCAAACCUAUACCCGGAUCAAAGACGGAAUCCAGAGGAGCAGAGGCACAGGCUAGAGUAUGUACAGAGAUGAAAGAACUAUGCGAGAUUAUAAAUCAAUACGGAAAAUCACCGUGCAAAGGUCUUCUUCCGCCGGAACUUCAGUGCGCUACAAAAGUUAUCUCGUUCGGGGAACUUUUCACGAUAUACACUGUGAUAUCCGAUAAAUUGGUCGGUAUUUUGCUGAGGACGAGAAAAUAUCAUCUAACUUACUUCGAGGGCGAAGUAUUAUUCCAAAAACGCGACGACGAUGUUCCUGUAUUCCUGAUGCAGUCAAUUGCAGAUAUCAGAUCAUAUUGUGAUAAUAAAGCACUUCAAGCAAGAAGAUCGGUUUCACCAAUGCCAAACUAAACGCACAAAGAAUUGUAAAUAAUGUCUAAUACUCAUGAAAAUUUGUGUUGUUUUCUGUUUUAAAAAUAAUGUAAUGAAUAAUUUGGGAAUGAAUGCUAAAUCUGUUUCUGCACGGUAAUGAUCGUAUGAGUUCUGCUCAUAUCACGCUACGCUGACUACCGUGUGCACAGAAUAGAGAUUUAUUACAUAUACUAAAGAUUUUUAUUUUUUAUCCAUGGUAAAAAUCAUAUGGCAUUACGCGGUACUUGUAUUCAUAUGUGUAGUAUAUAUUAAAAAUAAUCUAUAUAUUUAUCAUACCAAACCAUAAAAUAUAUUUUUUAUUAAAUAGAACUGUAUAUAUAUCCUCAUAAUGUAUAUAAUUGUUAAGUGGUAAUGUUCCGUGAUCCAUCAAUAGCGAUUAGGGCAUACUUUUAGUAUGUCUGUUAGGCAAUUGGUGGUGAGUUGAUAGUAUAGAUCUGCUACAAUAUAUUGUCUCCUACACUAUUUAGGUCCUAAAACGUUUUAUCACAAUUAUUAUCUCAAAGUCGUACAGCAAUUUAUUUUAAUUUAACUUGUUCAUUUAAGUAGUUUUCUUUGAUAUUGAAUUGAAGCUUAUUCAAGAGCCUCUACUUGAGUACGGCGAUUCUCUUAAUAUAAGCAAACUUCAGUUACUUAGAAAUUAACGGUAAUAUUAUUAUUAUAUUCAGACUCGACACAAUAAAUGAACUAUCGCAACUAUCGACGCACCGUCAAGCCGAUGUUUUUUUUUUAAAUUUUAGUUAGACAUAAAGCAUCGCUUCAAAAGCGCUGCGUUGUUGUACGCGAAUCGCCCUACUAAUACAAUGUUAUGAAUUUCCCAAGAACGGUACGAAUAAGAAAUGAUAAACAAGGAAAUUAAUAAUGAUUUAUUAAUUGAAGAAUCCUCUAUUAUAUUUAGAACUUCAAUUGAUUUAAUUAACAAUCUAGUCAUUUAUAAUUAUGUUUUGAUGUUGUAUAAAAUACUCAUUAAUAUAGAUGAUCUUCAAUAAUUUGGAGAAUAUAUAAUAACGAAAUUUUGAUAUAAAUUUCUAAAACUGGUAUUUUUUUUUAUAUGGAUAUUUAUUUUAUAUGCUGUUAUAUAGUCAUUAUUUUUAAUCGAAAUUAAUGAAUUUGCAUAUAUGUUGAACUUAAAACUUAUUGAGGAAGAUAAGCGAUGUUUCUAACUCGAAGGCUUUUUUAUGUGUUAAUAAAAUUACGAGGAAGCUUAUAAAUAAGGAUCUUCUUCUAGAAAACUUUUUUAUUAGGGUCCGUAACGGCCUUAAUCUGAUCAAGCUUCAAUUGAUGAAUUAACCUUAGCUAACUUGUUUUCGUUACUUGUGAACCAAGUCGAAUGACUUUUCGUAUUAAUUGAUCUAUGAGGUUAUCAUAUAAUUUGUUGUGUACUCAAGGGAAUAUUUGGAAUGCUUAUAUAGCAAGUGCCAACUUUGUAAAUAGGUAAGUUAGCGUGUAAGAAUUACAUUUUUAAUACACUG